AUGCUUCUUGCUCAGAAGGAGUGCGAUACUGCUAGGCUGCCGUCGGUUGCGGUGAGUUCCAUUCUGGAGCAUGCUCUGGCCAUCAAGAACCAGUUCGAUGUGGAUCUACAGGCGCUCUCUCAUGUGGGCAUCAUUCUCAAAGGCACAGGCGACGCCUUAUGCAAGGCGAGAUCCGUGCUGAGCCAAAUGGCCAAUCUCCAGGAUCACUUCACUAUGCACAGGCUCAUUGUGAGCAAAUGCCGCUUGCUCGAAGUUUCAGCAGAUGAGCGCGAGCUUGCAGAUCAACUGUGGCAAGGCCGGCGCGUCCUUGUGCAAAAGACAGGCCAGCUUUGCGUCGUGCAGAAGCUUCGAGUGGAGGCCGCAGGAGGCUUGCGGCUGAUCGCAACUUUAAAGCUGGCCACAGCCGAGGAUGCCGAGGAGGAUGAUGACUUCGUUUUUGAGGAAGGUGCAGAAGGGCUCCUGUGCUGGGAUGCGCAUGGAAGGCCGGACGCAGUUACAGUGGAGCACAAGACCUUGGGCUCCCAUCCACUAUGCGAGGCCUUCAUGCGCAACUGUUGCAGCCAGGUGGCGCCCGUCGAGUCUGUCGAGGUUACUGCCGGCAAGGGAGACUUUGUUCGUUCGCGCGUGACCUUUGACAUCUCCGCCGAGCCCUUUGCUGCUGCACGUGCAGUGGCUCUUCUGGAUGGACGCUUUGUUGGAAGCUUACGCCUGAAGGUCUUGGUUGCUUGCCCGCGUGCUCUGAUUCAGAUGACUACUGGUAGGACACAGGUGCUACGUGUCACUGGCCAUAGACCCGUGGAGGAGCUCAAAGGCAUGUUUCCGAAAAACACCGUCAGGAAGGUCACGCACUCUACGAAGACGAAGACAUCCAUGUGCAAAUUCUUCGAAGCGGGCAACUGCAGGCAUCAGGACGACUGCCCAGCUGCUCACAGUGAAGCAGAAAUUGGGGCAGUGGUUGCCCGAAGCUCCAACGUGUACUUCACCACCGCAGAUGCAGCGUUGGAGGCGCGCAAGAACUUGCCCGAAGAGUUGCAGGGGGAGGCUACGCUGGACCUUGGGCAGAGCCACAUCCUGAUGUGUCACGACGUGCCAGCCACGGAGAAGGUCGACAGAAUCGGUACAGAGGUGUGCGGCAAUCGGUGGCAUGAGGUCGAAGCCAAGGGUACCGGGAAGGGACAGGCUGACUAUCUGAAGACGGUCAUCCUCACCUUCAAGCCCAUGUCAAGCACUGCGGCUGAGAUUGUGUCGCAAAGACCAUUUUUCGAGCUUGAGACGCGGGAUGAUGACAGCUUGAAGCUGUUCCUGACUGCUGAUGCAUUGCGCAGAUGGCUAGACGUGGAAGAAACCCUGGCGAACCUGCGUGAGCUACGGGAUGUGUCGGACACCGAGAUCGACAAGUCCGAGACCGCGACGAUCGCAGGACAGACUACUGGCUCAACCGCAUGUCCACCUGCAGAGGCGAAGGCGAGCUUAGACUCCAUCCUCCAAGCCUUUCUGCAGAAGAAGCCGCGGAAGAAGACGCGCCUGUGCAGCUUCUACACGAACACAGGUUCAUGCUCGAAAGGUGAUCAAUGCACCUACGCUCACGGCGCUGCAGAGUUGGGCACGGAAAGCGUAGGUUUCAUGACUCACUUUGCUACACCAGACUGGGACCGCUUUCAGCAGAUGAGCCGCGACUGCGCGGCGGUGGUCAAGGGGAGCUGGCCUCGCUCACACCCUCACGGGUGUUGCAGGCACCACAAGUUGGCCGAAAUUGGCCAGUCUUCCGUACCGUGCUCUCGGGGCAUCUUCUGCCACUUCAAGCAUGAGCUGAAGGAGUGCAGGGAUGGAGCUGCCUGUGCCAAGACGAACUGCAUCUUCGUUCAUCCAACAGAGAUGGAAGACAUCCUCCGCUUGGACACGCAGCUCGGGGAGCACGCUAAGCAGGGCGGAGCCAGACCCACGAGCCUGGCACACUUGCUAGGUGCGCUGCAGCAGCGCCGCAAGGCCAUGGCUGAGAAGGCCGAGGAGCUGCUGACGCGGCACCGGCAGAGGCUGCAGGAUUUGGAGUCGGCCUUGGAAGAGUCGGAGGAAGAGGCUGGGGCCAAUAGUGCCGAGAGUGCCGCGAAAGCCAAGUGGCAGGCGGCUAGCCGAGAGGCCAAGGCUGGACAGAUCGCAGAGGUUCGCAAGCAACUCGCUGGGUUUGAGUCGGCGCAGAUGGCUUUUGGACAAGCGGACCCUCAGUCCUUUCAUGCCUCUCGGCUCUUUGCGCGUGAGGUCUACAACCGCUUUGCGAAGUGCUUACCGAUCUAUGCGGAGCGAGCACAAAUCUUGCAUGCUCUUCGGGAGGACUAUUCAGUCCUGGUGCUCAGUGCGGAGACGGGGAGCGGCAAGAGCACGCAGGUUGUGCAGUACAUCAGUGAAAUGGUUUCUGGACGUGUGCUGUGCACACAGCCUCGGCGCCUCGCUGCCAACACUUUGGCCGAUCGUGUUGCAGAGGAGAUGCAAACCCUAGCGCCAAGCAAGGACCGGUGCAACUUGGUUGCAAGCAGCGAUACACGUACCAUCAAGAAGAAGAAGCCUACCAUCCAGUUCCUCACAGACCGUCGCUUGCUCAACAUGCUCUACUAUUCCAAUGAAAUUCCUGAUGUCAGCGCCGUGAUCGUCGACGAGGUGCAUGAGCGCAGUGUGAGCUCCGACGUGCUGAUUGCUGUGCUGAGGCGCUGCUUGUCCUUGCGGGCCCAGGCUGGCAAGAGGCCAUUCAGGUUGGUGCUCACCUCGGCCACGAUGAAUGAGUCGCUCUUUGCGAAAUACUUUGCUCGCAAGACAUGGGAUGUUGAGUCACUGCUGGAUGAAAGCUGGGCUCCUGUGCUGAAAGUUGGUGGUCGCACCUUUCCUGUGGAUGUGCAUUACGAGGCAUCUGGCAGCCAGAAGGACUACGUCCGUGCUGCCCAGGCCAAGGCGAUUGCCGUCAACCAACAGCUUCCGCCGACCGACCUGGAGGCUCGCGUGAACAAGGACAUCCUCGUGUUCUUAUCCCAAGCAGACGAGGUGGAGCGCUGUGCCAAAGCACUGCGGGAAGCACUGCCAGACUGCCUCUGUGUGCCGUUGCAUGGUGGCUUGGAGAAGGAGGAGCAGCGAGAAGCUUUCUUGCCUGCAGACAAAAACGUCUAUCGGCGCAAGAUCGUCGUGGCCACGAACGUCGCAGAGACCUCCGUCACCAUUGAUGGCAUUGGAGCAGUGAUCGAUUCCGGUAUGGCCAAGCAGGCCCGGUACGAUCCGAAGAAAGAUGCCACGGUGCUGCGGGUUGGCCUCAUCGCGCAGAGCAGUGCCAAGCAGCGGGCUGGCCGAGCAGGCCGAACAGCGCCUGGGGAGUGCUACCGCCUCUACUCGGAGGAGGAGUUCGAGGAUUUGGAGCGCGACCAGCCCGCUGAGCUACUGCGCGCCGACGCGACGGCUGCCAUCCUCAUGGUCCUUCGGCAGAUUCAGCGGCAGCCCGAAUGGGUUUCGAGCAUUCGAGACUUCCCUUUUGUGGAGCAUCCUGGGGCCGAAAGGUUGGAGAAGGCCCUGCAGAUGUUGUUUCACUUCCGUGCCCUGACGAGUAUCGACAGCUCCGAGCUGACGGAGCAAGGGAUGGCCAUGGCUCAGAUGUCAGCGUCCCCAAGGGCCGCAGCGAUCCUCUUCGAAGCGCAGCGGCUUCGUGUCCUGGAUCUGGCCAGCGUGGCGCUUGGGAUGACUCAGCUCACGGGCUUCCUCUUCCGGCGUGGCCGCUCCGAGGAGGAGAAGGAGGCCGUCCUCAAGAACCGACAAGGCUUCGCAGAGCGGCUCCCAACUUUGGGGGACGUUGGCGCUGCUGUGGCCGUUUGGAUGGACUCCAAUGAGCAGAUGGGACAGAUGGGGCAGGAGCGGCAGGGGCUAAGGAGUUGGUGCUUCGAGCACUCCGUGAACUUUCAGUCCUUGAGGGAAGGCCGCGGUCUCGCAAGCAGCAUGUUUCAAGAGAUGCAAAGCAUGCAGGGCUCGCGCUCCGCGGAGAGACCCGAAGCUGAAGGAGACGAUGAGAUGAACGAGACUGGCAGCGCGCUGGGGUCUCUGGAGUCGCUGACUUCAGAUUCCUUUCGGGAUGAGGGACGGGUGAGCUUGUUGCUCCAGGCGCUGCUCGCGGGCUUCUUUGGCAACUUGGCCUUCUAUUUGCCCCCACGGCCUGGCGAUGCCCAGGCCCUGCCGACCUACUACAUACCCCAAAACAGCCAGGUGGGCAGACUGCAAGUGGCGUCCGCUUUUCGGCUCAGCAUGUCCUACCCUCAGGUCGCAUUCUUCAUGGAAAUUCAGGACUCCGGGUACGUCAGCAUCACGAACCUCUGCGGUGUAAAGGAAGGCUUCGAAAGGCAGUUGCCGGCGAGCUACCGCACAUCUCCGCAGUUGGAAGAUUUUUUGUCCGCUGCCCGGCACCGCCAGCGGAUGAGCUAUCCCAGCGUGGUGAAGGUGGACUGUCCACUGGCACUGCGACGGUUUACGGGCCCUCGGGGGCAGAAGCUUGCUGCCUUGCAGGAGGAGUUUAAGGAGGACUUCCUAGAAGAGGAGGAGGAUCUAAUUCUUGAAGUCGACCAAAGGGCGCAGAUGGUGCUAGUCAUGUGCAGCAAUGAGGAGACCAGGGAGGAGAUCGCCUUGAAUGUCGAGACACAGGUGAAGAGCAUAGCCACGCAGCUUGAGAAGCGUCGCAAGGAGUGGCCGAUCCCAGGCACAGGAGCCCGUGCAGUGGUUGGCACCGGCGGAGUCUGCCAUGAGAUUUUGCUGUCCUCUGGGCAAUCCAUCUCCGUUGUUUUCAAUACCUCAAAUGCCGCAGAUCGUCUCAGCGAACCGAUCAAGACUCUACGAAAGAUCCCACCUGGGUUCUUCGCAGACCUUGCUUCUACCAAGAUGCAGCCUGUGGCUGACAUGACAGCGGCCCGCGUGAUUCCGACAUGGGCGCAGUUCGAGCAGAAAGCAAGAAAUUACAACAAAAGGAUCACCGACCUUGCGGACAUGCCCUUGGCAUGCACAGUCGCAGUGAUCGAGUACACUGCCGGAGGUCUCUGCUACCGCUGCAAUCCCUUCCUGCGUGCGUGCCAGGAGGCGAGAUGCAGAGAAUAUGCCCCAUAUCUUCAUGCCUUGCAGAACUUCGUGCGGAAGCGCUCGCUGCACCCGCUCAAUGCUGGUGUGAAGGUCGUCUACCGUGGUUGCAGCGUUCCUCGGGAUAGUGCAGCGGAGUAUGUGGUAGGCGAGUCAGUGAUUUGGCCAGCUUUUACCUCCACUUCGACUUCAAAGCAUGUAGCCCAAGGUUUCGCAGCUGCGACGGCAACCUCCGGUUCCGAGACCUUCCUUUUCGAGAUUACCAUCCCAUACUGUUGCCCUGUGGAUGAUGUCUCGGUUUAUCCAGGCGAAGCCGAGAUUCUUCUGCCAGCCUUCAGUGUGAUGAAGGUCGUGGGCAUGAGCCCCCUGUCACGGGGCAUCCGCGAAGUUCAGCUGCGGUAUCUGCCGUUCGCAGCACAAGACCUAGUCGCAAAGUCCGAGGAGCAUGAGGAUCCGGAUGGAGAAGUGCCCACGGAAACGGGGCCUGUCAUCAUCCCGGUCAAGUCGAGGUUGAAAGGGGAAGCGGGCAUCGCAGAAGAGCUGGAGAGGCAGCUUUCUCGCUUUGAUGCAGGGGUCGACGCAGACGUGCGUUGGGACAGCCAGCAGAAGCGCGUGUGGGGCCGUGCCAGUUUUCAGACCACGGAGGCAGCCUCGCGAGCCUGCGCAAUGCUACAGGGUUCGAUCAUCGGUGAUCGUCUCAUCACUAUGCGGCCGUCACCGGUGCAAACGGGUGGCCUGGCUUUGCAGUGCCGAGUGCGAGCCAGACUGACGGGAGUCCAGCACAAGGGCACGGCCGUGGUCGACUGUGGGUCGGAGGAGGUGAUCGCCGAGAUGUUGGGCAGCCCUGCUACGGAGAACUUCAGGGUUCCACUUGAGCUUGUGCUGCCAGGCAAGGACCCCUUCACUGUGCAGGUCCAGCCGUUUCGAAAGGGAGGCAAGGGAGGCAAAGGCAAGGGAGAUAAGGGAGGCGGCAUGGGCGAGGUGGAACCCACUACUUUGCACUUGGCUGGUGUUCCCGGUCACAUGACGCAGUGGCAACUUCAGAUGGCCUUGGCCAACAAGACCUCCCAGAAGCUCCUUGCAGAUGCAGUACGACCUCUGCAGCGCGACAAGGCGCUGGCGGAAGAGGAAGCCAAGCACCUUCGAAGCCAAGGUGUUUCCGGCACCAAGAACCGACAGUCCUUCUUGUCUUCUCUCCUGGUCACGCAGCCUGACUUCAUCGAGGAGACGCAGAUCAAGUUUGGAGCAGAAUACCUGCUUUGGUUCGAUUCGCCGGAAACUGCAAAGGAGGCAAUGGAGAAGAUUGAUGGUGCAGAGAUGAAAGGGGAGAACCUGACCGCCUCUGCCAGCUUAGAGAUCCUCGCGCAGGUGAAGUUUCCGCAGAACGUGUGCGAGGUUCUGAAGGAGCAGCUCGACGGAUUCAUCUCGCGGGCGAAGGCCGAAACAGGUUGCUUGAAGAUCCAGCAGCGCACCCUCGGCAGCGACAGCAGCGGGUUGAAAGGCAUCGAGUUUACCCUUCGCGGUACGGAUGCUCGUCUUAUCUCCCAGGCCUAUGCAGAGCUCACGGGCCUAUUGAAGGGCACAGCAAUACACUUCCUGCCCCAGGAUCGCACUAAGAUCUUCCCAUCCAAGAAGAACGAGGCUGCUCGUGGACAUGUGGACAAGCUCUUGGCGACUUUGUCCAGGACGCACAAGUGCGUUGUGCGGUCGAAGUUCACAGAGGGUGUUGUGGAGGUGAUCGGCCCGCCAGCAGGGCGUGAAGCAGUAGCCAAGGAGCUCGCCGACUUCACUAAGCAAUGCAUGUUUGAAGCUUGCUUCCGUGUACCCCCCCGACAUCUUGCAGUCAUCAAGGACAGUCUAAAGAAGGUGCCCGGAGCGGACGUCGACUUUGACUUUCAUUUCCCUUCAGGGGGUCGAGGCGUGCAGAUUACAGCCAAGGAGGCGAAGCCCUUCAUGGAAGCACGCAGUGCGAUGUCAGAUGCCAUGCAAGCCGUCGGGGCACGCAUCAACGCGUGCUCAGUGUGUUUUGAGCACACUGACGCCGGCCUCCAGACAUGUGGACAUUUCCUCUGCGGGGAUUGUGGGCCACAGUACAUUGCCAGCAGCGUCUUCGAGAACACGAUUCCAUUAACUGACCCAUCUUGCCGCAAGCCCCUUCUGAACGAAGACAUCUCUGCCCACGCCGAAGACAUCAAUGCAGUUUACAAUGCCGGCGUUCGUGUGUUUAUGUUGGAGAACCCUGGCAUCUUUACAAACUGCCAUACGCCGGACUGCCCCAUGAUCCUCGACAAGACGCUUGACGCCACCACUUGCAGCGUUUGCUUCUGUGAGCAAUGCCCGAGAUGUGGGGCUCCUCCGCACACGGCUGAGUCCUGCGAUGAAGCGGAGAAGAGGAGGUCUUUCGAGAUGUCUUUGGAGGGCCAAGUGGCCAAGCAUGUCAAAAAGAUCACGGAGCACAUGACCGUGCCGACCUGCCCUGGCUGUGGCAUCAGUUUCUUGGACUUCUCUGGCUGCUUCGCCAUCACCUGCUGCGUGUGCCGAACUGGCUUCUGUGGCUUCUGCCUCCACAAUUGUGGCAAGCAGGACCCACACAUCCAUUCAGGCAACUGUCCCUUCUACGGACAGCACUUCCUCAACAAGAGCCAGGAAAACCUGUUCCAGCGCAGCAUGCGCAUCCGCCUGCCUGAGCUUGUGUUAGAGUAUGCCAACGGACUUGGGGAGCCGCUUCGGCGCCUAGUCCUUGCCGAGUGUAAGAAAAUCGCCAGUACGCCCUUCUUUGAUGCCAGCAGGCUGAUGUGA